CUGAUUUUGACAGUUUCAUCAAAAAGUAAACAAAGAGUUUGUUUGUGUUUUCUCGGGUUUUUCGGGGUUUUCUUAAAAACUUCUGAGGUUUUCGCAAUGGCUCACUACAAGGGAGCUGCCAGUGAGGCAGGACGCGCUAUGCAGUUGAUGAAGAAGCGCGAAAUAGCCCAGCAGGAGAUAGAGUUCCGGAAAAAGAAGAUUGAGGAGGAUCUCCGGGUGCACAACAUUGAGAACAAAUUUGCCAGCCACUAUGAUGCUGUGGAGCAGCAGCUCAAGAGUUCAACCAUUGGUUUGGUUACUCUGGACCAGAUGAAAGCCAAGCAGGAAGACAUAGUGCGAGAACGUGAAAAGAAAUUGGCACAGAAGAAGGAGGAAAAGGAUAGGGAAAAAUUGAGGGCACUGGAAGCCAAGCAGGCUGAGAAGAAUAAGCAGCAGAAGCAGAUUCAAGCACUGUCAUUCAAUUUGGAAGAGGAGGAAGAAGAGGCUGAAGCUGAAGUGGAGUCUGAGGAGGAAGAAUCGAACAAGAGAAAGCACUGGAUGGAUAUUGAAGAAGAGCCCAAGAAGAAGAUCAAAAAGAAUCCGGAUGUGGAUACAUCCUUUCUGCCAGAUCGGGAGAGGGAGGAGAGGGAAAAUCGCCUGAGGGAGGAGCUGAGGCAGGAAUGGGUGGCUCAGCAAGCUGCAACUAAAGACCAAGAGAUCACAAUCACUUUUAGUUACUGGGAUGGAUCCGGACACAGACGCAGUGUGACAAUGAAGAAGGGACAUUCCAUCUACCAAUUCCUGCAGAAGUGUCUUGAGCUGCUGAGGAAGGAAUUCAGUGAGCUGAAGACGGUUAUGGCUGAUCAGUUGAUGUACGUCAAGGAAGAUCUCAUACUGCCACAUCAUUACACCUUUUAUGACUUUAUCGUGACCAAGGCUAGGGGCAAGAGUGGACCACUCUUCCAAUUUGAUGUUCACGAUGACAUCCGGAUGAUCAGCGAUGCGACAAUCGAAAAGGAAGAAUCUCAUGCGGGAAAGGUUCUUCUGAGAUCUUGGUACGAGAGGAACAAACACAUUUUUCCUGCCAGUCGAUGGGAGCCUUAUGAUCCUACAAAGACCUACGAUAAGUACACCAUUAAGGACAAAAAAUCCAAGUAGAAAAAUCUGCAGGAAUGUUUAGGAAGUAAUUGUAAAAUCGUGAAUAAAUUCGUGACUUCGA